GGUGAUCAAGAUCAUAAAAAGAAGGAGGUAAAUAAAAAGAGAGCGAAUCCAAGAAGAAAGAAAAGAAAAGAAAAAGAAAGAGGUAGAAACUCUUUUCAAAGGUGCUUGAUACAAGUACUCAGAGAGACACACCCACCUCUGCCCCAAAUUGCUUUUUCUCUGCUUUAUACAACCGGUAGACCCAUGGAAGAUAGAGCCACGCACCAACUUACAACAACAAAGUUUUCUCAAAUAUACCCACCGGUUCUCUCUUUUCUCUCCCCACCCCCUUGCGAUCCAUAACGCAAACCCGAAUCCAAAACACUACCAGAAAACCAAAAAGGAAAAAAACAAACCCAAAAAAAUAAAAAAGCAAAAAAUAAAUCUCUCCCUCUCUCUCUCUCUCUUCUCUGUGAGUGUGCUUUGGGGACUGUAAGUGCAAGCUUGCUCGCAACUCUCAAAGCUGAAAAAAUAUUUGCUGUAUUCUGCUUAUUACCCACUACCCAAAAAACCAAAACACAUGCUCUCCUAUUCUCUCUACCUCUUUUCAUCAUCACCCCCACUUCCACCACCACCACCAUCACCAACAACAACUAAGUUUUAUUCUUCCUCUUCUUCUUCCUCUGUUUCUUCUUUGGUUUCUCUCUGUUUUGAAAAGUUGAAAUCUUUUUGAUAUAUUUUUUUCUUUCUGUUAUACAAAAGAAAAACCAAAAAAAGAAAAAAGAAAAUGAUCACAUUAUCAGAUUUCUACCAUGUUAUGACAGCAAUGGUUCCACUGUACGUGGCCAUGAUACUAGCUUAUGGUUCAGUGAAAUGGUGGAAAAUCUUCACCCCUGAUCAAUGCUCUGGAAUCAAUCGUUUCGUAGCACUCUUCGCCGUCCCACUUCUUUCGUUCCAUUUCAUCUCCACCAACGAUCCUUACACCAUGAACUUCCGCUUCAUAGCUGCAGACACGCUUCAAAAACUCAUAGUCCUUGCUGUUCUCGCGGUUUGGACAAAAUUGAGCAAAAGGGGUUGUUUGGAAUGGACGAUCACUCUGUUCUCACUUUCCACUCUGCCAAACACUCUGGUCAUGGGUAUUCCUCUGCUGAAAGGAAUGUACGGAGAAUUCUCUGGUAGCUUAAUGGUUCAGAUUGUCGUCCUCCAAUGUAUCAUUUGGUACACUUUGAUGCUCUUCAUGUUCGAAUACAGAGGAGCUAGAAUGCUAAUCUCUGAGCAAUUUCCUGAUACAGCCGGUUCGAUUGUCUCAAUCCAUGUGGAUUCUGAUAUCAUGUCUUUGGAUGGUCGGCAGCCAUUGGAGACCGAAGCUGAGAUCAAAGAAGAUGGGAAACUCCAUGUCACGGUUAGAAAAUCAAACGCGUCGAGAUCGGAUAUCUAUUCGAGAAGGUCUCAGGGAUUGUCUUCCACUACACCACGACCUUCGAAUCUGACUAAUGCAGAGAUUUACUCUCUGCAGUCUUCUCGGAAUCCGACUCCGAGAGGUUCGAGCUUUAACCACACCGAUUUCUAUUCGAUGAUGGCCGGCGGGAGGAACUCAAACUUCGGUGCUUCUGAUGUCUAUGGCCUCUCGGCUUCGAGGGGUCCGACUCCAAGACCUUCUAAUUACGAUGAAGAUGGAGCAGUAGGUGGGAAACAGAGGUUUCACUAUGGUGGUGGUGGGAAUAUGACGACGCCGGCUGCGACGGCGACUCAUUACCCGGCUCCUAACCCAGGAAUGUUUUCUCCGACAGGGUCGAAAAACCCAUCUGCCAUUAAUGCCAAUAGUGGUAAUGUUGGUAAUGCCAAUGCUAAAAAGCAAGCUAAUGGACAAGCUCAACAGCAGAAAACGGAGGAGGGUUCAAGGGACCUCCAUAUGUUUGUUUGGAGUUCAAGUGCUUCCCCUGUUUCUGACGUUUUUGGUAGCCAUGAAUAUGGUGGUCAUGAUCAGAAAGAUGUUAGAUUGGCUGUGUCUCCUGGAAAAGUGGAGGGUCAUAGAGAGAAUCAUCAUCAAGAGGAAUACUUGGAGAGAGAUGAUUUUAGCUUUGGGAAUAGAGGAGGAUUAGACAGAGAGAUGAACAAUAACAACAACAACCAUGAAGGAGGUGAAAAAUUGGGUGCUGAUGGAAAACCAAAAACUAUGCCUCCAACAAGUGUUAUGACUAGGCUUAUUCUCAUCAUGGUUUGGAGGAAACUCAUCAGAAACCCAAACACUUAUUCAAGCUUAAUUGGUCUAACUUGGUCCUUGGUUUCUUUCAGGUGGCAUGUAGAAAUGCCUGCCAUAAUCGCAAAGUCCAUUUCCAUUCUGUCUGAUGCAGGACUUGGCAUGGCCAUGUUCAGUCUGGGUCUGUUUAUGGCUUUGCAACCGAGGAUCAUAGCAUGUGGAAAUUCCGUAGCAGCUUUUGCAAUGGCUGUGAGAUUCCUUACAGGUCCAGCUGUUAUGGCAGCGGCUUCCAUUGCUGUUGGUCUUAGAGGAGUUCUCUUACACGUUGCCAUUGUCCAGGCAGCUCUACCUCAAGGAAUUGUCCCCUUUGUCUUUGCUAAGGAAUACAACGUACACCCUGAUAUUCUUAGCACAGCUGUUAUAUUUGGCAUGCUAAUUGCCUUGCCCAUAACACUUGUCUACUACAUUUUGAUGGGGCUAUGAAGAAGCGGAAAAAAUAUCACUCUGGCUUUGGCAUCCAUGGGAGCUCAUUUGGGAGCUAUUUUUGCCAGCCUUAAGAAGAAAAGCAACUAGGAGUUCAAAAUCCAAAAGGAGAAAAAAAAAAAAAAAUUGAGAAAUAGGACCUUGGGGGGAGGGAGAGAGUGAAUCUUUCUUAUGAAUUUGUCUUUUGCUAGUAAAAUUGUAAAAUCAUGUUUGUAGUGCAUUAAUUUAUAAAAAGAAUGUUUUUCUCUAGUUAA